AUGUGUCAAAUUGUUUUUCUAAGCCUACUGUUGAGUUUGGUGUGGGGAGUUUUGGCGGACCCGCAGCAGGCAUCGCUUUCAACGACCGCCAGACCGUCACUGGAGAACCCAGCCUACGAUCCGACGAUUUACCAGCAGUUCGUUCCUCAGGAUGCGGUCCAAAAGUACGUCCAAUCGUAUAACGGUCAUAAUUACCAAAAUGCACAAGGAUUCGUACCCUACGACCCAACCGCAUACGCUGCAAUUCCCUCGCAAUCGUUCCAAGCCUACCUGGUCCCGGCGACGCCGGUGGAGAAAUCAUCCCUCAUGAAUUCGUUUCGCACGGGAAUGCCAACGGCUCGUACGAUUGCGGUCUUCUUUGGACAAUUGCUGUCGUUCGUGUUUGGAUCCAUCGGUGCCGUUGCUUUGGGAACGCUCACGACGGCGAUUCUCUGCUUCUUUACCCCAUUUUGUACCCUGUCCUUCCGUAAUGCAAAAUUACUGGGCGCCAGCGAGGCAACGCAGGAAGUUAUAACCGCUCUCGGAGAACAGGUCACCGCCGAACGGGUGAAGCGUGCUGCGGAUUUCGUCAAAAUAGCCAUCGACAAGUUCCAGACUUUGAACAAAGAGGUUCGGGUGGCCACCGCGCGGAAGGCUACUUCCGGAUUAAAUCAGUGA